CUUCUAUCGAGACGCGCAACGGCAACCUGUAGAACGCAACGCGAGUUGAAAUGCACAGCGGUAGCGGUUGUAUUAAUUCUGUCGGAACAUAAUCAGCUGAUCUUUAGGUCGGUUUUUUUUCGUUGACUUUUAGACUAGAUUCAUUCAACUGAACACAACUAGUUUAUUACCAACAUUUAAAAAAAAGGAUCACCUGUAAAAUGGAUUGUUCUUCUGAGGCGGUGCAGUUGCUUUCGGAUGAAGCCGCCGCUCCAAUGGAAUUGAAAAAAGGAAUGUCCAUAUUCCUGGAUAUCUUAAGAAGAGCAGAUAAAAACGAUGAUGGGAAGUUGUCGUUUGAUGAGUUCAGAGCCUACUUCCAUGAUGGAGUUUUGACAUCCGAUCAACUGAAGGAGCUCUUUAACACCAUAGACACUCACAACACAGACAAUGUGGACACUGACGAGCUGUGUGAGUACUUCUCCCAGCACCUUGGUGAAUACGAGAAGGUCCUGGCAGCUCUGGAGGACCUCAACAUGACAAUACUGAAGGCUAUGGGCAAGACCAAGAAGGACUAUCAGGAAGCCACACACCUGGAGCAGUUCGUGACACGCUUCCUGCUAAAAGAGACAACCAAUCAGCUCCACUCGCUGCAGAGCUCCCUGGAAUGUGCCAUGGAGACCACGGCCGAGCAAACCCGUCAGGAGAGGCGAGGCCCAGUAAAGCCUGAUGUGCUGUCAAUCCAGUGGUCAGGGAGAAGAUCCAACCGAAGGCUUCAAAGAAAUAACAGUCUGUCUCCUAACAACCCACUACUCAGCCUGGUCAAUUCAGGUCUGUAUGACGAGGACAACCAAUGGAUGACUCAGGUCAACAGACUCCAGAAGCUUAUUGACCGGCUAGAGAAAAAGGAAGUUCGUAUGGAGCCAGUUGAAGAGGAGGUGUUGGAAGGAAUCACCAAAUCACACAUCCUGAUAGUCCAGAGACAGCUGAAUGUGUUGGAGGAGGAGCUGAAGGAGUUCCGCCUGUCUCUCAGGCAGUACAUGGAGUGUGCCUGCGCCCAGACGGGCUGUCUGCAUGUGGCAGUUCAGCGACUGGCUAAUGAGUCGCGUUUCAUCCUGUACGAGUUCUGGGAACACAACCACGUGUGGAAGAACCAUCUCCAGACAAACUACAGUAAGACUUUCCAGAGAGGUAACGUGGACUUCCUGGAGACACCAGAGCUCAUGACCACCAUGCUGGUGCCUGCCUCCUGGUGGGUCCUGAACAACAACUAAAUGACAUCACGCCAGGCCGACUGAGGACCGCUAUCGAUCAGAAACGUAGUUUGUAGUCUAUCGUCUAUCAUUAGCAUUGGGAAGAAGUGCACACACACACACACUCACGCACGCACACACACACAAUACUGUCAACUUGUACUGUGAAGUCAUUCUGAAUUAUUAUGUAUCAGACCUUUGUGUCCCUUCCUCAUUAGCUGUGUAUUGAUGAUGCUGUGUCAUGCUCCUAGAUGUUUACCCUGUUAGGAUGAUGCUGUGUCAUGCUCCUAGAUGUUCACCCUGUUAGGAUGAUGCUGUGUCAUGCUCCUAGAUGUUCACCCUGUUAGGAUGAUGCUGUGUCAUGCUCCUAGAUGUUCACCCUGUUAGGAUGAUGCUGUGUCAUGCUCCUAGAUGUUUACCCUGUUAGGAUGAUGCUGUGUCAUGCUCCUAGAUGUUUACCCUGUUAGGAUGAUGCUGUGUCAUGCUCCUAGAUGUUUACCCUGUUAGGAUGACGCUGUUUCAUGCUCCUAGAUGUUCACCCUGUUAGGAUGAUGCUGUGUCAUGCUCCUAGAUGUUUACCCUGUUAGGAUGAUGCUGUGUCAUGCUCCUAGAUGUUUACCCUGUUAGGAUGAUGCUGUGUCAUGCUCCUAGAUGUUUACCCUGUUAGGAUGAUGCUGUGUCAUGCUCCUAGAUGUUUACCCUGUCAGGAUGAUGCUGUGUCACGCUCCUAGAUGUUUACCCUGUUAGGAUGAUGCUGUGUCAUGCUCCUAGAUGUUUACCCUGUUAGGAUGAUGCUGUGUCAUGCUCCUAGAUGUUCACCCUGUUAGGAUGAUGCUGUGUCAUGCUCCUAGAUGUUCACCCUGUUAGGAUGAUGCUGUGUCAUGCUCCUAGAUGUUUACCCUGUUAGGAUGAUGCUGUGUCAUGCUCCUAGAUGUUUACCCUGUUAGGAUGAUGCUGUGUCAUGCUCCUAGAUGUUUACCCUGUUAGGAUGAUGCUGUGUCAUGCUCCUAGAUGUUCACCCUGUUAGGAUGAUGCUGUGUCAUGCUCCUAGAUGUUUACCCUGUUAGGAUGAUGCUGUGUCAUGCUCCUAGAUGUUCACCCUGUUAGGAUGAUGCUGUGUCAUGCUCCUAGAUGUUCACCCUGUUAGGAUGAUGCUGUGUCAUGCUCCUAGAUGUUUACCCUGUUAGGAUGAUGCUGUGUCAUGCUCCUAGAUGUUUACCCUGUUAGGAUGAUGCUGUGUCAUGCUCCUAGAUGUUUACCCUGUUAGGAUGAUGCUGUGUCAUGCUCCUAGAUGUUUACCCUGUUAGGAUGAUGCUGUGUCAUGCUCCUAGAUGUUUACCCUGUUAGGAUGAUGCUGUGUCAUGCUCCUAGAUGUUUACACUGUUAGGAUGAUGCUGUGUCAUGCUCCUAGAUGUUUACCCUGUUAGGAUGAUGCUGUGUCAUGCUCCUAGAUGUUCACCCUGUUAGGAUGAUGCUGUGUCAUGCUCCUAGAUGUUUACAUCAGCAGAGAUUCCAGGCAUGUGUCUCAAAUGGCACCCUAUUCCCUAUAUAGUGCACUACUUUAGACCAGAGCCAUAUGGAACCCUAUUCCCUAUAUAGUGCACUACUUUAGACCAGAGCCAUAUGGAACCCUAUUCCCUAUAUAGUGCACUACUUUAGACCAGAGCCGUACGGCACCCUAUUCCCUAUAUAGUUGUACUACUUUAGACCAGAACCCUAUUCCCUAUAUAGUGCACUACUUUAGACCAGAGCCCUAUUCCCUAUAUAGUGCACUACUUUAGACCAGAGCCCUAUUCCCUAUAUAGUGCACUACUUUAGACCAGAGCCCUAUUCCCUAUAUAGUGCACUACUUUAGACCAGAGCCCUAUUCCCUAUAUAGUGCACUACUUUAGACCAGAGCCCUAUACCCUAUAUAGUGCACUACUUUAGACCAGAGCCCUAUUCCCUAUAUAGUGGUACUACUAUAUACCAGAGCCCUAUUCCCUAUAUAGUGCACUACUUUAGACCAGAGCCCUAUACCCUAUAUAGUGCACUACUUUAGACCAGAGCCCACUCUGCAGGGAAUAUUGUGUCAUUUGGAAUGCAUGCCACCUGUCAGUAGUAGUAUGUCCUCCACACUACCGGUCACAAGUUUUAGAAAACAACGGGGUUUUUCUUUAUUUUUACUAUUUUCUACAUUGUAGAAUAAUAGUGAAGACAUCAAAACUAUGAAAUAACACAUAUGGAAUCAUGUAGUAACCUAUAAAGUGGUAAAUUAAAAUAUAUUUUGUAUUUAAGACUCGUCAAAGUAGCCACCUUUUGCCUUGAUGACAGCGUUGCACAAUCAUGACAUUCUCUCAACCAGAUUCAUGAGGUAAUCACCCGGAAUGCAUUUCAAUUAACAGGUGUGACUUCUUAAAAGUUAAUUUGUGGAAUUGAUUUCCUUCUUAAUGCAUUUGAGCCAAUCAGUUGAGUUGUGACAAGGUAGGGGUGGUAUACAGAACAUAACCCUAUUUGGUAAAAGACCAAGUCCAUAUUAUGGCAAGAACAGCUCAAAUAAGCAAAGAGAAACAACAGUCCAUCAUUACUUUAAGACAUGAGGGUCAGUCAAUACAACAGUCCAUCAUUACUUUAAGACAUGAAGGUCAGUCAAUACAACAGUCCAUCAUUACUUUAAGACAUGAAGGUCAGUCAAUACAACAGUCCAUCAUUACUUUAAGACAUGAAGGUCAGUCCAUCAUUACUUUAAGACAUGAAGGUCAGUCCAUCAUUACUGUAAGACAUGAAGGUCAGUCCAUCAUUACUUUAAGACAUGAAGGUCAGUCCAUCAUUACUUUAAGACAUGAAGGUCAGUCCAUCAUUACUUUAAGACAUGAAGGUCAGUCCAUCAUUACUUUAAGACAUGAAGGUCAGUCCAUCAUUACUGUAAGACAUGAAGGUCAGUCCAUCAUUACUUUAAGACAUGAAGGUCAGUCCAUCAUUACUUUAAGACAUGAAGGUCAGUCCAUCAUUACUUUAAGACAUGAAGGUCAGUCCAUCAUUACUUUAAGACAUGAAGGUCAGUCCAUCAUUACUUUAAGACAUGAAGGUCAGUCCAUCAUUACUGUAAGAAAUGAAGGUCAGUCCAUCAUUACUUUAAGACAUGAAGGUCAGUCCAUCAUUACUGUAAGACAUGAAGGUCUGUCCAUCAUUACUUUAAGACAUGAAGGUCAGUCCAUCAUUACUGUAAGACAUGAAGGUCAGUCCAUAUGGAACAUUUCAAGAACUUUGAACGUUUCUUCAAGUGCAGUCGCAAAAACCAUCAAGAUGUGAUGAAACUGGCUCUCAUGAGGACCGCCACAGGAAAGGAAGACCCAGAGUUACCUCUGCUGCAGAGGAUAAGUUCAUUAGAGUUAACUGGCUCUCAUGAGGACCGCCACAGGAAAGGAAGACCCAGAGUUACCUCUGCUGCAGAGGAUAAGUUCAUUAGAGUUACCAGCCCCAGAAAUGGCAAAAUAAAAUAAAUGCUUCAGAGAGUUUAUUAAGUAACAGACACAUCUCCAUAUCAACUGUUGAAUUAGGCCUUCUUGGUCAAAUUGCUGCAAGGAAACCACUACUAAAGGACACCAACAGGAAGAAGAGACUUGCUUGGGCCAAGAAACAUAAGCAAUGGAUAUUAGACUGGUGGAAAUGUGUCUUUUGUUCUGGAGUCCAAAUUGGAGAUUUUUGGUUCCAACCGCCGUGUCUUUGUGAGACACGAUGUGGGUGAACGGACGGUCUCUGCGUGUGUUUUUCCCACCGUAAAGCAUAGAGGAGGAGGUGUGAUGGUGUGAUGGUGUUAUGGUGUGAUGGUGCCACUGUCUGUGAUUUAUUUAGAAUUCAAGGAAUACUUAACCAGCAUGGCUACCAUAGUAUUCUGCAGCGAUACGCCAUCCUAUCUGGUUUGUGCUUAGUGGGACUAUCAUUUGUUUUUCAACAGGACAAUGACCCAACACACCUCCAGGCUGUGUAAGGGCUAUUUGACCAAGGAGGAGAGUGAUGGAGUGCUGCAUCAGAUGACCUGGCCUCCACAAUCACCCGACCUCAACCAAAUUGAGAUGGUUUGGGAUGAGUUGGACUGCAGAGUGAAGGAAAAGCAGCCAACAAGUGCUCAGCAUAUGAGGGAACUCCUGUUGGAAAAAGCAUUCCAGCUGAAUAUGGUUAAUAGAAUGCCAAAGCUGUCAUCAAGGCAAAGAUGAAGAUUUGUUUCCCUUUAUUUAACCAGGUAAGCUGGUUGAGAACCAGUUCUCAUUUACAACUGCGGCCUGGCCAAGAUAAAGCAAAGCAGUGCGACACAAGCAACAACACAGAGUUACACAUGGAGUAAAGAAGCGUACAGUCAACAACACAAUAGAAAAGUAGAAAGUCCAUAUACAGUGUGUAUAACAUAUAGUUGGAUUUGUUUAACACUUUUUUGGUUACUACAUGAUUCCAUAUCUGUUAUUUCAUUGUUUUGAUGUCUUCACUAUUAUUCUACAAUGUAGAAAUUAGUAAGAAUAAAUAAAAACCCUUGAAUGAGUAGGUGCUGUAACACUUUUGACUGGUACUGGACAUGGCUGUACUGUACAGGGAGGGUUUGUGUCUGUGGGUUUGUCUGUGUGUGUGUGUCCGUGUGUGUCUGUGUGUUAGAGGCUAUCCCUGUGUAGUAUCAGUGCUUGGGAGGAUGAGAACAACCCAAGCUAACCAACAGGUCACCGUACAUUUCUGGACACGAUGGAUUCUAUAGUUAUUGGAUGUAUUUUAAUGUGUGUAAAUCAUUCAGUGGUAAGAAAUAAAGAAAAUAUA